UGGAGCAAGCUUUUCGUCACCCCGUCAACUCUUACAGUUAACCUCUGUUAUAUGGUUUACAUAUAAUAUGUUAAUCAAAUAGAUCAAUGGGGCCCGCUCGGCAUAAAUAAAACAAUUUCUUAAUUGUUAAAUAGUUUGGCGCUUAAACUACUUUUCUCCCGCCUUCUAUCAACUAAUACGGAGUACUUCGUAUCUUCUUCCCUAGUUACGGUUUUGUUCAUCAGUUGGUUAUUUCUCUCUUCAACAAAAUGGCUCAAAUAUCAUCUCAACCGUCUGUCACUCCAACACAACUUCAACCAUCCUCCAUCCGCUGCUACGGCUGCCAUCGGAUCUUGGCCGUAAUACCCCAUCUCAUGGUUUUCCGUUGCCCGGCGUGUCUGUUGCAGCACCGACUACUUCCUCCUCAGGGCCCGUUAUCGUGUAUCGGGCCCCGUGAGGUGGCGCCAAGUGAAUUUCAGGUGAGCUGUGCUAAUUGCAUGGCAAUACUUGUUCCUCAUUCCAAUGACUUCAAAAUCAACAAGGUUUUCUCCUUUUCGUUUGAUUGAAAAUGCAUGAUUAAUUUUCAAGUACUUUAGUUACCAAAAAAAAAAAAACAAUUAUGAUGAUGAUAUAUAGAUAUGAAUGUAUGAUAAGUGAAUUUUAUCCUGAAUUUUAAAAAAAUUUAUAUACACCAAAUACCAUUGGAUGUAUCUUGCCUUUGAGUGUAUAUUAUACUUCCUCCAUUUUAUAAUGUCAGUCUCAUUUGGAAUCUUUUAACUCUUAAAAGUUAGAGAGGGAGUUUUCUAAAUUUCUCUCUAUAUACGUAGUAUAAUAACAAAUAUAGUCAUGUGAAAUCUAGUUUUAUUUGUCUCGAUUAGUACUUUAUUAAUAUCUAAUUUAUAUAAUAUUUGCAAGUCUAAAAUAUUUGCAUCAAUAUACGUAAAUGAGACUAACAUUAUGAAACGGGGGUAACUUUUUCAAGGCAAGAAUUAUAAUUACCUCUAGACAAUCUUUGUUGGUAAGAGAUAUUACUCCUCAUUAUUUGUAAUAAUUUUUUCAUAUAAGUAAUUUUUAUUUUAUUUUAUGAUUGUGUAGAGGUUUGCUCAUAAAAUGUGCUAUAGUGGAAUGGAGACUGAUGCUGAUGAUGUAAAGCCUUCAAUACUAGAGCGGACUACAAAUACAUCAAUAGUUUCAUUGAAGGACAAUAAACUCUUAAAAGAGGUUGAGGAGGUUGAAGAUUGCUUUAUCCUUGAUUUUGAUCCUUAUGAAUCAGAGUUUUCGUCGCCUUCAACGCUGCUUGUUGAUGAUGAUGAUCUCAUCAUUGUAGGCGAACAAGGCGAGGUCGCGUGUAGGGACUAUCCACAUCCAAGGCAUCUUUGUGUUACACACUCAUUUAACAACACUCCUCAUUACAUUCAUUGCAAUAUGGUAAUAAUCUUUUGUUUCCUAAUUAAAGGGUUGAAAUGUCGAAUGUCUUAUUUAUGUCAUAAUGCCAAGGAUCCAGUACGAGUAAUUGAGUGCUAUUGCUAUGUUUGUGAUGUACCAGCACCGUGCGAGCAAUGGACUAAACAAUCAACUUAUUUCACGCAUUGCGAAGCCGUUCCUGAUAAUCAGAUUUGGACCGAUCUUAGGAUCUCGAAAAGGAGGAAAAUCUAUGCAAGUUUUGAUGAAUGUUACUUGCAAGAUACAAGUAUAUGUCAUGAGGUCGAUCAGUAG